UUUUGAGCAAAAUGGCUGCCUACUUUGUGAACCCUGUUCCGGUGUUUGUUUCCCCUCUGGCCCCGCUGCCGUCUGUGUAGUAUAUCGUUCACCGCAAGAAAAAAACUGAUUUUGUGUCGAAAUUGCUGGCUUAUUUACUUUAUAUCCCUUCUAACAAGGGCGUCCGUAAUAUAGCCUUCUCGAAUCAUCAAAGAUGUCCGUCGACAAGGAGGAACUUGUGCAACGCGCCAAGCUGGCGGAGCAGGCGGAGCGAUAUGACGACAUGGCGGCGGCGAUGAAGGAAGUAACCGAGACCGGCGUCGAACUCAGUAACGAAGAAAGAAACCUCCUCUCCGUCGCAUACAAAAACGUCGUCGGUGCACGACGGUCAUCAUGGCGGGUCAUAUCCUCAAUCGAACAGAAAACCGAGGGUUCCGAAAGAAAACAACAGAUGGCAAAAGAAUAUAGGGUUAAAGUAGAGAAGGAGCUCAGAGAAAUCUGCUACGAUGUCCUGGGUCUACUCGACAAACACCUAAUUCCUAAAGCUAGUAAUCCAGAAAGUAAAGUAUUUUACCUUAAAAUGAAGGGUGACUACUACAGGUACCUCGCAGAAGUGGCCACAGGUGAAACCAGAAAUUCUGUCGUCGAGGACUCGCAGAAGGCAUACCAGGAGGCGUUCGACAUCGCCAAGUCCAAAAUGCAACCCACACAUCCCAUCAGGCUCGGCCUCGCGCUCAACUUUUCCGUGUUCUAUUACGAGAUUAUCAACUCGCCUGCGCGAGCUUGCCACUUAGCCAAACAGGCGUUCGAUGACGCGAUCGCGGAACUAGACACACUGAACGAGGACUCGUACAAGGACUCGACGCUGAUCAUGCAGCUGCUGCGGGACAACCUCACGCUGUGGACGUCGGACACGCAGGGCGACGGCGACGAGCCGGCAGAGGGCGGCGACAACUAACGCGCCGCCGCCGCCACACGCAUUUGUUCUCAUCAGUGUUUUAUAACAAAACGAGUAACAUUCGAGAACGUCGCGCGGCGCGGCCGUCCGCAGCCGUUGCGAACCGUCGCUUGUAAAAAAAAUGUUAAAAAUGUCGUUCGCAGCGGACCUUCACGUUCCGUCUAAAAUUAAAUGUUAUGUGUCAUCUUUGACGGUUUUGUAUUUCUGUAUUUACACUGGAUUACAGAUAUCGAGCUGACCUGAUGAAUAUAAAUAUUUAUAACUUAAGUUAUUAAAAUUACGGUUUCUUAAGUUAAAAGUGUUUUCCUUUAUUGAGUAUGCGAGUAUCGACGACAAGCCCGGUCGGCCCCCGAGUAACAUUCCCCUCGCCGCUCGCCGCCGCUCGUCCGCAGGGACGGGGAGACCGUGAUGGUGACUAUUUCGGAACACGCAAUUAGAUAUACCGAUUGUUGAAAUAUGCCCGAUACACCCAAUUUUAGAUUUUUCAUAUAUAAAUCGGCAAAAUGUAAUGGCUGUAUUUACCGCGGGCACAAAAAACUCGUUAGUGUCUAUGUGGUUUUGUGAUGUCCUAACUGUUAAGUGUAUUACCAAAGCGAGUUAACGACAUUAACCAUUUUGUUGUGCCCCUAUUUACCGAUAUCAUUGACUAUUUCAGGCAUUUAUUAGCGAAACAGUUUGUGAUGGACAAAUAUUGUAACAUUUCAGCUGCAUUUUAUCAGCCAUUAAUCUAUUAUAUUUUUCAUGUUUUCACCAAUAAACUUUUGUAUUAAAUACAA